AAGAAAUAUAGAUCUGUAAUAUUUCUUACCAAAAAAUAAAUUUUCAGACAUUUAAAUAAUUAAAUCACCUCAAUCUGUCUGAACAUUUUUUGUGAAAGAGAAAACACCCAUUCUGUUUCGGCAAAAUAAAACAUAGAUCUAAAUCUAGACCAAACCAACAAAUGCAAAGGAACUGAGCUUCCUACUUCCGCUAUCAUUGUUUAAUCAUGGCGGUAGUUUGAACGGGACGUUGCUAUGAACCUCGAUCAGGCAUGACAGAGACAAGUGUGUUGAGUUCACUCGCCCAGCUAUGUGAGAGACAUUUGGGACCUGCUGAGCGAGCGUAUCGGGUCCAGCCAGCUGUCAGUCGCACUGAGGCAAAGCGGCGACUCAGACAGUGUGCUUACAAUGCUUUGUUUUCGUACUUACAGAACAGACCUGUUGAGGAUGAUGCACUGGUGAAUCAAGAUGAGGAGAGUAUUGUGCUGGAGGUGUACAAACUUCGACAGCUCAGGAGGUUUGAAGAUGCAGAUAGACUGGAAAAGCUGUUCAAACGUCUCAAGGAAAAUGAGCGCUACAGUGACCUGACCCCUGCACUGAGGUUCCUGGUGGCUUUGAAAGGCAGCUCAGAUAACAGUCCCAUUGAGCAACCCUCUGAAAAUGUUUUCCAUUAUCCUGGUCCAGAGCGUGGAAAGACUUUAGACAUUGCACUGGAUGCCCCUGUCUGCUAUGGAGACCUGAAGAAAUUACCAGGAUACUCACACUACUACAUGCACUUUCCUAAGGAGUUGUUUGCCCAACCUUUUCCUUCCAUCUUCAAGAAUGAAGAAAAGCUUUAUGGCAAGAUUUUUAAUCAGAUGCCUGGAAACUGUUUGGGCCCAGACUUGGUGUUCUCCCAUAAGUUGCUAUUGGGUGACUCCCAUGAGCAGAGCUCUCACAGCUCGCUGUUUGGAGGCCUUACCGAGACAAGCGCUGACAGCCUCCAUGUACAGUUAGAGCUGCCUGACUUGACCUCUGUACCUCACCUCAGGAUUCCAGAGUUCAAGUGCCGGAAGUCAAACUCCUCCAGUCAGUUGUCGGAAGAAUCAGGUCUGGGCAGUGGCAGCAACUCCAUGUCAAGUUCUGUGAUGACCGUAACUGAUCACUCUUGUGUGGAUGACAGCAUCUGGGAGAGAGCCUUGACUGAUGCCAGGUCUCAGCACUACACCUGGGAGUGGAUUGGCUUUCAACCAGGACCUACAGAGCGACCGUAUCUGACAGAGGCAGGACCAGAGGUCUACGAUAUUCUGAUUGAGCUCCGUCAGCGGGUGUGUUCUAUUGUGCUAGAAGCGUCAGUGACACCUUUUGUCACAGUGGACAGCAGGAGCCUGGUGAAGCACAUUCUGUACAUGUUGAAUGCUGUGCCGUCCGAUGUGUUCCCACUGGAUCAGGAGACACAGAGUUUCCAGAUUGUUCCAGAUCUUCAUGUGGUUGGAAUCUCCCCUGAUCUCCUGGCUGACUUUCUGGGAGAUUUUGUUGCAUGUGGUACUUUCCAUGCCAGGCUGCUCCAGUUUUCUAAACCUUUAGUCCUCAACUCUUUUUACCGUGAGGGGCUCAUCUUUCAGGCGUUUGUGGCGGCCGUGCGGAGGGUGCUGAAGUACUUCAGUGCUGCCAUCCUGAAUGUCCCACAAGACCUGGAGAUGCUGCAGCUCAAGAAUUACUUCCACAAGGCAAUGGCUCAGAUCAGGUACCUGGCCAAGCUUUGCCACUGCCAUGACCGACCUCCUCCAUCACAGCCACCGGGAGAUUUUCCCACGGGCAUGAACCUGUUGUCUUACCUGUACAAUGAGGCAUCAGUUGCCAUCAGCUCCCCACACUACCCACUACUCCUGUCAGUGCUGCAGAUGUCCAGCGCUCCGUUCAUGUUAUUUAUCCGAGACUGGGUGUUCCAUGGUGUGUUCACGGACAGCUACCAGGAGUUCAUGAUACAGGCAGAUGACGGAUGUAUUGAGGCACGAGAUGAGAUGUACUGGGAGAAAGCGUACACAGUGAUUAGUGGAGACAAUGAGCGUGGGGAAGUGCCUCAGUUUCUGCAUGGCAUGGCUCAGGAUCUGGUCACCUGCGGGAAGUCUAUCAACCUGCUACGCAUCUGUCACCCAGAGCAUUUCAUGUGCAACCUGUCGGAGAGUGAACUUCCCACUGUCAACGUGACUUUCUCCCAGUCAGAGCUCAAACUCACAGAGAAGUUCUGCCAGAUGUAUGUGGGGCGCAUGAGGGAGGUUGGUCGACGGAUAACUGUGGACAGGCAUGAUGUACUACAAAAAAUUGAGCAAGACAAAUUGGAAUUGCAACAGACAGCCCGCAAGAUUGCUGAUGAAGAAAUUUCACGUUUGCAAGGUAUCAUUGACGAGAGAAAGAGGAAAGCAGAUGAGAAGAAAAAAGUUGAGUUUGAUAGACUUAAGCAGCAAAUGGAGGAUGAUAUAAAGAGAAGAGCAGAAGAAGAGAAAGAUGAAAAAGAAGAAGACAAGCAGUUUAUUGCAAGACUCAACCGGGAGGAAGAUGCAAUGACGCAGCAGGAUAUAGAACUGGAGAAGAAAGCAAGGGAUGAUUUGAUUGCAUACUACACAGAGCUGGGCGAGGAGGCGAUGCAUCGUGAGCGUGUGGCGCUGUGGAAGGUUCGGCGUGCACAACUGGGUAAUGCUCGGGCCAAAUUUCUGGAGGCGCAAAAAGAGAGAUGGAGGAAAGAGAUGGAGGAAGCUUUUCAUGGCCAGACUGUGCUGGACUCUGUGUCCCUGCCUGUAUUGCCGAGCUGGGUGGAGAGAGCUGCUGAGACAGAUUCUCCACUACAGGUGGAGGAAGACCCAAUGCCCAGUGAGACAGAAACAGCAGGCAGUCUGCCAUCUUGGGCCAGGAGAGAGCUGCCAUCUGUGGAGGUGGGAGGAGAGGAGGAUGUGUUGUCUGAGGGGAAAGAAGAGGAGGAGAAUGAGGCAUUGCCUGGUUGGGUGAAAAGGGCUAUGGAAGAGGAGGCCGUUGAGCCUGUACAAGUUGUGGAUGAGGCAGCAGACAGUGACGGCAGUGAGGUGGGUGACGGUGAUGCUGUUGAUGACCAAGGUGACCCAAAGGAUGCUAACACAAGUGUACGUUUGUAUAAAGCAGUUCAGCUUGGAGGUACACAUCUGCCCCGCCCUCAGAUUCAGGUGUCUGCCGAGAGCCACAGCUGUGUAGAAAGUACUGAGGUGCCGGUCCGGCCUCACGUCCACACAGUGGAGGGAAAGCACGUGACUGACCAGACGGAAGAGAGUGCUGAGACAAAGCCUCACAUUAGAAUGGCUGCUGGGGUGAAUGCAUUGACAGAGACGGAACAAGUCGAGGGACGUGUACACAUCAAGACCUCAAAAACAAUGUCGGCUACUAAAGAGUCAGACCCUGAUGCUGAGCCACAAAGGCCACAUUUGAAGUUUCUGGAUGGGGUUCAGGUGAACCAGCAGACAUCAGGGGAGAGACAGGUGAUCCCUCGCAAACAACGAGGUGAGGCCAGCCAGCAGAUCAGCACAGAAACAGAGUCUCAGGAGUGGCUCAUCAAGAAGCCCAGUUUGUUCGGCCAUGCUUCUCAGUUGUCCAACUCUGACUAUGUUUUGUCUGUCCCCCGGUUACGUCGACACAGCUCUCAACAUGCCAGUGUUGAGUCCAAUUUCAAAGAUUUCUCCAUCAAGCCACGCAUUCGUAUUAGUUCCACUAUGUCUGCAUCCAAAGAGAGUGAUAUUGCUGCUUCAGACAAGUUUAGGCCAGGCAUUCGGAUCCAGGGACACCGUAAUGCCAGCACGGAGUCUCAGCAGGUGGAUGAGAAUGUUGUUGCCAUCAAGAGGUUCCGGCAGAGAAAUGUGAAGGGACAUUCAUCUGACUCAAGCGUGCAGAAACUUUUGUAUGGAGAUGCCAGUCUGGAGCCUGUUGUGGAAGAAGACAAAGAACCUCUGCCUAGAUUAGAUCUCAGGCCAGGCUUGCCGCACCAACCAGAGCUCUACCAGACGGAGUUCUCAGAAUUUGAUGCCGAGCCUGCCAUGGAUAUGAUGUCUAAGAUUUUUGUAGUUGAUCUGGGCCGAGGUCUGCUAGAGAUGUCUGUACCUAGCGAAGAGGAGGUGGAGGUUUACAAGUACACACCUCUCUCUGUACUGCUGACCAAGUCUUUGACCAUGCCUGUCAGGGCCCAAAUUUCUCUGGUCAACACCGCAGUGAUUAACUACUUCACCGCAGAGCUCAAAGUGGAUGAUCAUUUUGCUGCCAUUAGGCGCUACUUGUUGAUGGCAGAUGGUGAUUUUGCGGAGAUUCUUUCCAAUAUUUUGCUGGAAAAGUUGUCAUCCAACCCUUUGCCCCAAGAGAUCCUCAACUCUGUGUUCCUGAACGGUGCUCUCACCAAAGCCAUCCGCUCUUCCAUCCACUCGGACGACGUCUACACUCAGAAUCUCAGCUUUGCCACCAAGUACAUGCCACGAGUACUCAACCCAAAUGAGCCAGGAUCUCUGAAGUGCCUGGAGCUGCAGUACAAUGUGAAGUGGCCGCUGAACAUUGUGCUGACCAGGUCUUGCAUGGACAAGUACUUCCAGGUCUUCUCCUUCCUGCUGCAGCUGAAACGAGUGGUGUGGGUGCUCAAGGACGUCUGGCAUCGGCUGAAGAGACAUGCCCUAAUCAACAAAGUGGGCAACUCCACAGAGUUCAGACAUUUGCAGUUCCACAGACAGGAGAUGGAGCACUUUGUGAAGAUGAUGCAGGGCUACAUCACCACCCAGGUGAUCCAUGUCAGUUGGCAGGAGUUCCAGUCCGACCUUGCCCAACCCAUCGCAGGACUGGACCAGCUGCAUCAGAUACACCAGAACUACAUCAACAAGGCCUUGUCCAGGUGUUUACUCAACAAGAAGGCGGAGAAAGUGAUGAAGCUCAUCAGGGACGUCUUCUGCCUCAUUCUCAAAUUCCGCUCUCAGCUGGUCAGUGGGUCCUGGACCCAGGUGGAGGGGACAGGCCAGUUCUCUCACUCCAACUUCGCCAGCAUGUCGACCACGUACAAGUCCUUCCACAUGUACAGCUUCUUCCUCUUCAAAGUGGUGCACCGACUGUCACAGAAGGGCUAUCAACCUCAUCUACAGGAGCUUCUGCUGCAGCUUAACUUCAAUGACUACUACACUGAGGCCUCCAACUAGGGCAUUGCUGGGCCAGAUUUUAGUCGUCUUGGACAACUUGGGCUGCUACAACAUAGUCUCUAACAAUUUAAAUGGCAACAGAUGAGUCUCUCUGAUAGUUUGGCUGGCUACAACUUGGUCUAUGUCAGUUUUUGUGACUACAACAGGAGUUUUUGACAGGUUAAGUGGCUACACCUGACUCACAGACAGUUUAAGUAGCUAUGACUGAGUCUCUGCUGACAGGUGGCUACAUCUCAUGAUUCAUGAUAGUUGAAGCUGACUUUGAUGACUUUGCUUGUUCUUGCCUCUGUGUGGAGUGUUAUAAGGAGUCGUCAAGUUCUUGUCUCAUAUUUGCGUUUGUUGUCUAAUUGUCAUGAUUUAUGAAUUAAAAAAAGAAAAACUGCGCAAAACUGUUUAUUUUUCAAAGCUACAAAGGUAUGUUGAUUUGUCAGAAAGGAGAAUACUGACUCUUGAGUUAUUAGUUCUCUAUCUGUGCUUUGUUUCUUUCUGCACUCCUUAAGUCUGAGUUGCUGUACCCAUUGUUGAUGUUUCCUCUCCUCGGUUGUUAGGGGGGUGGUUGGGAGGUUGGUUUGUUUUUUGCUCCUUCUUUCCUAUCAAAUGUCUAUGAUCCUUUUUUCUUCACCAUCUUUUCUUUGUCUGUUACUCUCUAGUUCAUACCUCUAAUCUUUGGCACUCAUAUGACCUGUUUGUGUUGCAAGCCCUGUGAAACUUUAAAUAAAACUAGAAAAAUCACCUAUACGUCUGCUCUACUCCUUGGACAGUCCUCAGUAUUGUCUGAAGGUGUUCCUUGGUGUCUUUAUUUUGGUGCUUCUGGUUACUCAUGGUACCCGUACAUUUAGAGCUCUUUUCUAAACAUGUCUGUUGGGAGAUUUCACUGACCCACAUUUAGCACUUUUCAAGGACCGCCAAGCUAGUAUUGAAUUCCUGCGUGCUGUCAGCAUCGCUGACUACUUAUGAUGCCACAGUGCCAGGAGAGAGAGAGAGAGACAGCUGUUGAGAUUUGAUUUUAUCCUUCCCUGCUUCUGUUACUUGGCAGUAUAGAGCUCCUGGGUUCAAGUCCUACCUUCAUUUGUUUGUGACUAAAUUCUGAACUGUAAGGAUUGUUAGAUUAUGAAUAUUGUCAGAACUGUUUUGAUUGUCAGGAUUGUGAAGAUUGUGAAGAUUGUUUUCCUGAUGGUUCUUUUUAGUCUGGUAUACGCCAAGUUGGAGGAGAAGGCAGCAAGUAUCGCAUAUCUUUCUUUGGCUUUGUCAUGUUUUUCUUAAUUUUUUUUCAUUGUUUUCAUAAAUUAUCAAUUGUGGUCUGUGUACUAAUCUGUAGGUGACAUUGAGAACAGACUCGAGAACAGAUCGAUGCCAACUGAUUUGUUAACGUACUCUUAUAGUGCCUUAUAUAGGGAGCCAAAUGCAUCAAAUAAUCUAUGACCUGACAUAUGUGUAGCUUGAACUGUGAUAUAAUGUAUAAAUUUGGAAAUAAAUGAAACAAAUAUGACUG